AUGUCUGAACCUCAGGUCGCUUUGGAAGAUGUCGCGCCUAUAUUACCCGUCUCUAGUCGUGAUCGUCCUGAUGCAAAAACUCAACGUUAUGAUCGACAACUGAGGCUUUGGGCAUCUUCAGGCCAAGCAGCUCUCGAACGCGCUUCAUUAGUCAUCGGACCUGCAACUGCAACCUCAGCACAAAUUCUCAAAAACUUAGUCUUACCUGGUAUCGGUUCAUUUUCACUUUACGAUUCUCAAUCAGUUUCAGAAAGCGAUCUAGGACAUAACUUCUUUCUCGAAGAAUCUAGUUCAGGAAAGAAUAGAGCACAAGAAGUAUCAAGAUUAUUAGCUGAAUUGAAUCCAGAUGUGAAAACUAAUGGAAUAGAAGAUGAUUUGAUGAGUUUUGUAAGACAAAAAGUUGAAGGAUCAGAAGAAACUACGUUUCAUUCAAGUUCUAUUGCGAUUGGGGUUGGACUUGAAGAUAAUGAUGAAAAUGAACUGGCUGAAAAAUGUUGGGAGAAUAAUAUACCUCUUAUACUCGUUCAGACUUGCGGCUUCUUGGGAUCUAUAAGGGUACAAGUGAAAGAAUUAGGACUGAUCGAGACACAUCCAGAUUCUUACGUUGAUCUUCGAUUAGAUUCUCCAUUUCCUACACUACUUGAAUUUGUUAAAUCUUUCGACUUUCAGAAACUGGAUACUCAUGAACAUACACAUAUUCCAGCUGUCGUCAUUAUGAUUCAUUUCCUAGAACUUUUUAAAAGUACACAUGAUGGUAAACUUCCCAAAACCUCUGCUGAACGUGAAGAACUUAAGAAGAUGAUUCAAGCUGAAAAACGAAAUGCCGAUGAAGAUAACUUUGAUGAAGCCGUCGGAAUGAUUUGGAAAGCUUGCAGGCCCACAAGGGUACCCGAUUCAAUUCAAUCACUUUUCUUAGAUCCAUGUUGUACCACUUUAUCACCCAAUUCAACACCCUUUUGGAUUCUAGUCCGUACCCUCCGUGAAUUCGUACAUCGUAAACAAAACGAUGGUAGCCUAUUGUUACCUUUGACGGGAGUCUUACCCGAUAUGAAAGCCGAUACCAAUAGUUAUGUAAAACUUCAAACAAUCUAUAGACAAAAAGCUCAACAAGAUUUAUUAGAUUUUAAAAAUAUACUUAAAGAGAUUUUAGAUCAACAUUCUCAAAUCAUUCCUUCAAUUAAUCAUGAAAACUUUUCUGAUGAAGUUCUUCACAGUUUUGUUAAGCAUAGUGCAUUUCUCAAACUGAUUCGUGGUCGUUCACUUGCUCAAGAGAGAAGCGGUCCUGAGGGAUUAAUCUCACUCCUGACAGCAGAAUCGGAACCAAGUGCCGAACAGAUACCUGCUUCAUGGUAUUUAGCACUCCGAGCAUCUGCACUCUUUCGUCAGAAACAUCAUCGUUAUCCAGGUUCGAUUGCUAGUGAAAUCAAAUCGGAUCAAACUCUCAUGGAAACUAUCGCGAAUGAAUAUCUUGGAUCACUUGGAGGUCUCAAAUUAUCCGAACCAGGGCUACCUAAAACUUUGAUUGACGCGAUUGGAGAAGUUGUAAGAGCAGGCGGAUCAGAAUUACCACAGAUUGCAGCUUUAAUAGGAGGGAUUGUUGCACAAGAAGCUAUUAAAUUAAUUUCACAUCAAUAUAUUCCUUUGUCUGGUACUUGUAUCUUUGAUGGGAUUAAAUCAUCUACUUCUAUACUUCACCUUUAA